AUAGGUUGUUUUGGAAUCAUGAGAGAUGAAAUUGCAGUAGCAGUUUUCUUUGUCACAAGAUUGGUGAAGGAACAUGAAAAACUGAGUAAACAGCAAAUAGAAAAAUUUGCAGAAAAGCUGAUGAUAAUCUUGUUUGAAACAUACAGAGGUCACUGGCACCCUGGUUGCCCUUCCAAAGGGCAAGCCUUCAGGUGUAUCAGGAUAAACAAUCAGAAUAAAGACCCCAUUUUAGAAAGGGCUUGUGCUGAGAGUAAUGUGAAUUUUUCUCACCUGGGACUUCCAAAGGAGCUGACCCUAUGGGUAGAUCCCUUUGAAGUGUGCUGUAGGUAUGGUGAGAAAAACCAUCCAUUUAUAAUUGCUUCUUUUAAGGGCAGAUGGGAGGAAUGGGAACUGUCCCAACAAAUCAGUUAUGCUGUUAAUAAAGCCACAUUAGACUACUCCUCUGGCACUUCUUCUGAUGAAGAAAGUUGUAGCAAGGAACCCCGGAUCAUUCCUAAAGUCAGCAAUCCGAAGAGUAUCUAUCAGAUGGAAAACUUAAGACAGCCCUUUCAAUCUUGGUUCCACAUCCCCCGCAAAAAGAAUGUGAUGGAUGGGCGCAUAGGCCUCCCAGGGAAUGUGCAUCAUGUCUUGCAUAAGAAUUUUAAGUGUUAUAGGCAGCCUGCUGCUGUGCACCGGGUGGACAGAAUUCAAUAUCCCUGGUCUGGGAAUGAAUGUGCAGUACCUGGUAGAAGAAGGAACCCUGGAACGCGUUAUCUGAGGUUUCUGUGGAGGGAAGAUGAGAAGCAAUCUGCAGAGUGAUUUCUGGAGCCUGAAGAGAAUGACAAACAAAAACAAAACU